UCACACACUUCUUCGGUAUCUUACUCUCUAAUUUCUUCAAUUCUGUUUGAUCAGUUUUUUUGUUUUAUGUGUGAUUGUGAUGUUUUUGUUUACAGAAUUCAGAAAAUGGGUUUGGGUGUACCAAAGGUGAUGAAUACUUGUAGUGAAGAAGUUGUAACAAAAUUAUCAGUUGAUGAUGAAAAACAAGAUGAGGAAAACAAGUUAUGCAUUUCUUCGAUUCGAUGUUCGAGGAAGAAGAAGCUUCUUGUUCUUGAUAUUAAUGGACUUCUUGCUGACAUUGUUUCUCCACCUCCAAAGAAUGUUGCACGAGAUGCAACCAUUUCCAGAAAAGCAGUAUUCAAGAGACCUUUUUAUCUUGAGUUUCUGAACUUCUGCUUUGAGAUAUUUGAUGUGGCUCUGUGGUCUUCAAGAUUGAAAAAAUAUGUUGAUAGGGUUGUUGAUCAUUUGAUGGGAGACAUGAAACAAAAGUUGAUUUUCUGUUGGGAUCUGUCACAUUGUACAGAAACAUGUUUCAGAACACUUGAAAACAGACACAAACCACUUGUUUUUAAGGAUUUAAAGAAAAUUUGGGACAAAUAUGAUCCUAAUCUUCCUUGGGAUAAAGGAUAUUACAAUGAGUCAAACACAUUGCUUUUGGAUGAUUCUCCCUACAAGGCAUUGCUCAAUCCGUCUUACAAUUCAAUCUUUCCCCAUACAUACAGUUAUCAGAAUCACAAUGACAUUUCACUAGGUGCCGGAGGCAAUCUACGACGAUAUCUGGAUGGAGUGGCAAAUGCUGAAAAUAUGGUGAAGUAUGUAGAACAGCAUCCAUUUGGUCAAGAACGGAUUAAUGAAAGAAGUGAUUCUUGGAAAUUCUACCUCAAUGUUAUCAAUAGUCUUACAGUUUGUCAACAUGAAAAUUGAAAAUAUGGUUGUAUAUCAGAUUUCCUUCUUUUAGUAUGAUUUUUUUUGUUUUUGAACUAAAUUUACAAAAGAUGAAUGAAGUUGCUGGAUUUGUUGUGAUUAGUGUAACAUAUAUUGAGCCAUCAUUUUUGUUGACAGAAAAGAGAU